UUACAUUGCUGCACUCAGCAUGAGCACACUGGCAGUGUGCAGGAGCAUCUACACGGAAGAGCAGUUUCACAAGACCUAUGGCACUCCUAAGGAUCUAGCCAGGCCUCCCUUGAGUUUAAGAGACAGAAUAGCAAGGAGCUGUACAUGCUCUGCCCAUGCCUUCCUCCAUUUACUGAAGCGCAGGGUGCCAAUUCUGAGUUGGCUGCCCAGGUACAAACUAAAGAAAUGGCUGCUUGGGGACCUGAUUGCUGGCUUGACGGUGGGCAUUGUCCACAUCCCACAAGGCAUGGCAUUUGCCCUUUUGACUUCAGUGGCACCAGUUCAUGGUCUUUACACCUCCUUCUUCCCUGUUGUACUUUAUAUGCUCCUUGGAACUGGACAUCAUGUUUCUACCGGUACCUUUGCUGUGCUGAGUCUAAUGACUGGCUCUGUGAUUGAUGAACAUCUGCCCCAGAAUCCUUUGGAUAGAAAUCUCACAAGUGAAGAGCAGUCAGAUAUAUAUGCUCAACGCAUAGGAAUGGCUGCUGCUAUUGCUUUUCUUAUAGGCGUCAUAAUGGUAGCAAUGUUUGUGCUGCAGCUCGGCUUUCUCUCCACGUAUCUCUCUGAGCCCAUAGUGAAAGCCUUUACCAAUGCUGCUGCUUUUCAUGUCACCAUUUCCCAGAUUCAGAACAUGCUGGGUCUACCCCUCCCACGCUUCACUGGAUCUUUCACCAUUUUUAAGACAUUAGUGUCAGUUGUCCAGUCUUUACCCAUGACAAAUGUGGCAGAACUAGUAAUAUCCAUCCUUUGCCUAAUAGUACUCAUUCCAAUAAAGGAACUUAAUGCACGAUUUCGGACCAAGCUAAGAACUCCGAUCCCUGGGGAAAUUGUUAUGGUUCUGGUUGCUACAGGGGUCACCUUUGCUUCAUCUCUGGAUAGCCGAUACAAUGUUCAGAUUGUAGGCAGCAUACCAGCGGGUUUUCCAGCUCCAAAACUGCCAUCACUGAAAGUCAUCCCCAAGGUUGUUGGAGACACCAUAGCCAUAACAUUUGUGGGUUACGCAGUGUCUGUCUCGCUUGCCAUGAUCUAUGCAGAAAAGCACAGAUACAGCAUUGACCCAAACCAGGAACUCUUGGCCCAUGGGAUAUCCAAUAUUGUUUCUUCUUUGUUUACCUGCUUUCCCAGCUCAGCAACUUUGGCUACAACUAACAUUCUUGAAAGUGCAGGAGGGCACACCCAGCUGUCAGGCUUCUUCACCAGUGGUGUGGUCCUGAUUGUACUGAUUUGGAUUGGACCUCUCUUUAACUACUUGCCAAAGGCAGUGCUGGCCUGUAUAAAUGUCGUCAGCCUCAGACAAAUGUUCCUUCAGUUCCGAGAGCUGCCAGAGCUGUGGAAAAUCAGCAAAACUGAUUUUUCAGUGUGGGUAGUGACUUGGAUGGCUGUUGUCGUUCUCAAUGUGGAGGUGGGCCUGGCUGUGGGAGUCGUAUUCUCAAUGAUGACUGUUGUAUGUCGAACACAGAGGGCGCAAUGUACAGUUAUGGGAAGAGCGGUCAGUACUGAGAUAUACAGGCCAGUUGAGCAAAAUGAUAAGUGCUAUGAAAUCCCAGGCUUGAAGAUACUGUCCUACAACUCCCCUAUUUACUAUGGCAAUAGGGACAUCUUCAAGGAUGCAGUCAGUCGCAUUGUGGGACUGACACAGGAGAAGAUAAGAAAGAGGGAGAAGGCAUUACUUGUUUUGGAGCAGGCCAGGAAGAUGGACAUCUCAGUUGUGGAUUCAGGAAUAGCAAAUCCCGUUUUCCAUCAAGAUGGGUGCAUCCUAAAACCAGAAGCAGAUAUGGAAACCAAGUCACUCAUCAUUGACUGCACCGGUGUCAUUUUUAUUGAUAGUGCUGGGGCACGCUUGUUUAUCCAGAUGUGCACCGAUUGUCAGAAGGCUGGCAUGCAUUUACUUCUGGCUGGAUGCAAUGAAAAAGUGCUGAGGACGUUGCAGUGCAGUGGGAUCAUGGACCACCUAAGUGCAGAGCAAGUGUUUGUGACUGUACAUGAUGCUGCAUGCUACGCAGAGCAAAACAUGGGCAGCGACUCUUAUCUCUUGGGUCCUGUGCCGCCAAUAUGCUGCUGAUCCCACCUGAUCAUUUCAUUCCUCGCUUCCAAUAACCAAAUGCUGCCCCUGUAGAAAAGAAUAGUACAUUUCUGCCAUUAAAUAUUUAUUUGCUGUAAA